UCGCAAUUGACUGGAGUCAUACAUGAAAUUGGCAUUCAUUUGUGGGAAAAUACGGCUUGAAAUUGAAGACAGCUGUUGAACAACGUAUUGGAAAAACUUUGUAUCCGAAACAACCAAAUGCCGAAAAAACAGAAUUAUGAUAUUCCACCGUGGGAACGGUCUAAUUGGGAGUUCAUGCAUGAAGGCCAGAAACGCUAUGCCUAUGAACAAUGGCUAAUGUCUCGUGUUCGCCGUGGUUUGCCUAUAGAUCACGCCUGCCCAUCAACAUCUGGUUCAGCCACUGGAACAAGUUCUGUAAAUGAACAUCACGUCGACCACAAGGUAUCAGACAGCGAAGAAGACGAAGACGAACAAGGACCAGAAGAAACACAACAACAUUCUGAACCACAACGUUUAGUACCUUAUUCUGAUAGUGACGAAGGUAUGAGUUCACCAAUGCAUGCAGCACCAUCUGCUAACUUGGGUGAUUCUCCGAAUACUCAUGUUGAUCCGUUACCUGCUCCUUCUAUAUUAGAUACAGGUAAUAUUACAAGAUAUCGCAAAGUACAUAGAUUUUUCACAUAUGGUUUAGCAUAUAAAGUGAUUGAACAUGAAAAGGUAGUAUGCAUGGUUAUUCCUUUGGCAGAAAUUCCCGUUGAUAGGCCAUUUUUGUAUAUGACACCUUCUGAAUUCGAUUUAUUACCUGAUGGUAGUAGAAUUAUUCAUUGUUCUGUAAAAGUAAUUGCACGAAAUCCUAGAAUUGCUUUUCCGACUAAUUCAAGUGAUACAGAACUUGCAACAUUAAAUCAAAAUAAGAAUAUGAUUACAAGUGUAGGGAUUAAUUUGAAAAUACCGGGUAUUAAUGUAAAGCCUACAGCAUUUACUGCAACUGCAAUCAUAAACGAAAGUUUGAUUCCAUUUGGAAGUCAUGGUAUGGUUAUAGAAAUGAUGAAGCAGAAUUUCUUACUAAAGUGCCUGCACAUCAAUUUGGACGACCCAUUAAUUUGA